UUGAGUUGUAACUUUGGUUUAAAACAGGUUUGUAGUGAAUUUUUAUCAACGGUUAUCUAACUCGAGGAGUUUAGCUUUGUCAAGAGUGUGAUAUCUAUCAGAAAGGACAUGAGUAAUCGUGAAUUAACUGAAGUUGAAAAUGCAAGCUGUUUGUUACUAAUUUAACAGACUAACGGUGAAGGAAUCGGCUUAUGGAAUAGUUUGGAAAGCAUUGAAUAAAAAAACAAAAGAAAUUAUUGCAUUGAAAAAAAUCUUCGAUGCAUUUCGCAAUCAAACUGAUGCACAGAGAACAUUCAGAGAGAUUGCAUUUCUUCAAAAUUUCGGUAAUCAUCCAAAUAUUGUACGGUUAUAUAAUGUAAUACGUGCAAGUAGUGAUAAAGAUAUCUACUUAGUAUUUGAAUUUAUGGAAACAGAUUUGCAUAAUGUAAUUAAAAAAGGCAAUAUAUUAAAUGAUGUACAUAAACAAUAUAUCAUGUAUCAAUUAUUGAAAGCAACAGCUUAUUUACAUUCAGGUGAAGUAAUACAUCGAGACCAAAAGCCAUCAAAUGUUCUAUUGGAUUCUGAUUGUUUAGUAAAAUUAUGUGAUUUUGGUUUAGCACGUUCAUUAAAAGGUCGUAAUAUGAAAUAUGAUAAUGGUAAUGGUAAAAUCAAUUGUAAAACAUUAUUACCUGCAUUAACUGAAUAUGUAGCAACACGUUGGUAUCGUGCACCAGAAAUUCUAUUAGCAUGUCAUGAUUAUACAAAAGGUGUUGAUAUAUGGAGUUUAGGUUGUAUAUUAGGUGAAAUGUUAAUUGGUACACCAUUAUUUCCUGGUACAUCAACAUUAGAUCAAAUAGAACGUAUUAUGGGUGGAUUACCUAAGCCUAGUCCAGAAGAUUUAGCCAGUGUAAAAAGUCCAUACAGUUCAUCGAUUUUACAAAAAGCACAUAUCAGAAAUCGCCGUUCAUUAGAUCAAUUAUUAAUAAAUGUUGAUAAGACAGCAACUGAUCUUUUGUAUAAAAUGUUACAUUUCAAUCCACAUAAACGUAUCACAGCAUUGGAAGCUUUAAAACAUCCAUAUGUUCGCAGAUUUUACUCCCCAAAUGAAAUAAUGAUCAUGAAUCAUCAUGUCACUCCACCGUUAGAUGACAAUAUUCAGUUAACUGUUUCUGAAUAUCGUGAUCGUUUAUAUCAAAUGAUCAGUUCUAAGAAAACUAACACAACAACAACAAUCAUGGUUCAGAAUGGUAUUAACAAAACGGAUUCUACUGAAAGAAAAAAUAUCAUCACUGGGAUUCCCCAACCUAUUCCUUACUCAACAUAUUCACAUAAUAAAAAACAAUCUACUACUAAUCAUCAUCCAUCUUCAAAUCAUCAAACAACAAUAAUUAAGAAACAAGAUCUUCAGCAUCAUCAUCAACAUCAGGAGCAACAGCAGCAACAAUCGGAUCAAAAGAACACUCCUCAGGGUCAUUGCGACGAUAACAGCAACAACAACAACAACAACGCCAAGUCUAAUAAAAAAAAUCAUGUAGUAUGUGUACAAGUGAAUCUAUUACAUAAAGAACCACAAAAUCAUUCAAUCAAUGAUCAUCAUGAUAAAGUGGCAAUUUUAACACCAAAAUUAACAUCAAUGUCAUUAGCUAAUGGCAUUAAUAAUAAUACGAAUUGUAAUAUGACUGGGUUCAAUAAUAAUGCCAAUCAAUUACACGAUAGUCAUCAGAUUAAUGGUAAUACUAAUGAUUAUGAUUUUAAUGACAACGUGAAUGACGAUAAUUAUGAUGUAUUUAAUCGAUCAGCAUCAUUAUCACUACCACCGACGAUAACAUCUUCGACAGGAGCAACCAUAACAACACAAGCCAAAACAGUUCAAUCAAAACAGCAUUAUCAAAUGCGAUCAAUAUCUCAAAAUUCUAAAGCUAAUUCAAACUUAUCAACUGUUCAUUAUAGUCCAGUGAUUCGUUCGAAGUCAGUGAACAAAAUGACAAUGAAUGAUUAUCAGCCAUCGAAAAGAUAUUUAACCAUUACUCCAUUAUGUUAUCCAAAUCAAUUGAUAUCCAAAUCAGAUAUUAUUAAAUCAACUACAAUGACAAAUCAACAAUCAUAUAGUCGAUUAAAUCAAUAUAAUAAUAAUAAUAAUGAUAAUAAUAGUAGUAGUAAUCGUAGUGGUAGUAGUCAUAGUAACCAUUAUAAACAAAAACAUUCAAAUAGUUCCAGUUUAAAUUCCAGUUCCAAAUCACGAAUGAAAACAUCAAAUUAUUAUUAUUAUUUUACUGCUAAUGGAACAGAUCAUUAUUCAUUAUUACCUAAUUAUAGUAAUUCAUUUGAAAAUGUUAUGGUAAAUUCACAAAGAAUUGUUGAUUUGAAUUAUUCACAACUACAUGAAAAUCGUCAUAUAUCAUCUCAACCAGAAAAUUUACCCUUAGAUCAUGAGUAUGAUUAUCUUCAAGGAACAAAUGAUAGAUAUGAAUAUUGUAAGAAUAAUUCUAAUAAUUCUAGCCAUUGUUUCUUAUACAAUGAAAAACAUUGUUCAACAUCAAAUAUUCAAGAAAAUUUAUUAAAUGGUAAAACUGACAUUAGUACACAUAAAACUAAUCCAAAUGAGUAUAAGAAUGGAAUUUCAAAAGUUUCAUCAUCUAUUAUUGAAUUACCACCAAAUGUUGUACAGUCAACAAAUAAUAUCUCUAAUAAUAUUAACGAAACUAUAAUUGAACCUAUUUCAUAUAAAUCAGUCAAUGAAAUAACACGUAAUCACAGUUAUAAUAGUCAUAGAAAUAAUAAAGAAACUAUAAUCAAUGAUACAAAUUCAAUAAAACAAUCAAUUGAUGAAACCUCUUUAACAAAUCAAUAUUUUCCUAAUCUUCAGCAAAAUAGAAGAAAUAAUAAUAAUAAUCAAUCUAAUUAUCAAUCAUUAUCUUUAUUGAAUAUUAACCAAAAAUUAAAAAUUAUUCAAGGUUCAACCGAUAUUCAAAAUUCAAUGUUUCAAUCAAAAAUAUCUACAUCAUUAAAUAAUCUUAAAGCUAAAUUUCAUAACAAUCAGCCACAGCAACAACAACCACCACCACAGCAACAACAACCACCACCACCACCACAACAACAACAACAACCACAGCAACAGCAGCACAAUUAUCGAAGACAUUCAUCAGAUCAUAAUAGAUCUAAGUAUAAUUAUAAUAAUCAAUCAAUUAAUCAAUUAAAUAAUGAUUAUCAUUAUCAAAAGACAACAAAAGAUGAAAAUGAUUUAGAUCCUAAUCUAUAUCAAACAUCAUUAAAACAACAUACUUUAACAAAUCCUUCACUAUUGAACAAUCAUGAAAAUUUAUCCAUAAAACGAUAUCAAACAGAAUUAGUUCCAUUGAAUAAUCAUGGUUCAUUAAAAGCAAAUGGACAACAUCAUCAAGUGCAUACAGUAAUCACUCAUAAUCAUAAUAAUAAUACACUUUAUAUUACUGAUCAAUCCGAUCAACGUUUACCUACUAAACAACUUCAUAAUCGUAUCAUUUCAUUAAGUGCUAUUCAUAAUCAUGAUCAUGAUGAUCAUGAUCAUGAUCAUCAUCAUCAUGAACAAUCUAAAGAUCAAACACAUUUGACAAGAUUCAACUUGACAAAAAAUAACUUAGAUACACAUUGGAAUAACAAAAUUAAAUCAAUGAUCAUUUGUAAUGGAUCAAAUAAUAAUUCUUCUUCAAUAAAUCAUCAAAUAGUUACAACUAGUCAAUUACUUCAAACAACAACAACCAUGGCAACAAUAACACCACCACCACCCCCAUCAUCAAAACCAAUGAUAUUGGAUUCAUUAAAAAUAACAAAUUCUCUUCAUCCAUAUCAAAAUACUCACUUAAUAAAACCAAAUUCAUUCAUAAAACAAUCAAUGAAAAAUGUAAACUUAUGAAAACAUUAUUUUUACCUUUAUUCAUUAAAACAAAUUUCAAUCCCCCUUCCGUACACCCUACCCCCCAACAUUUAUAGAUUACAAUCCAUGAUGUAUGGUACAAUCUAGAAUAAUCUUCAGCACAAUGUAUUUCAACAAGUUUUCUUUAUUUUUUACGUCUUCAUUGAUCUUCACGAUGAAUAUUGAAUGGGUCAUUAAUUAGAUGUUGUCAAUUCAGGAGUUGAUAUCUCAUUAAUGUAUAGUCUUUUCGAUGGGUAUUUUUGUCAAUAACCACAAUGUUUUUUAAUUUGACUCUUUCCUAAUUUGUAUAAUAGAAGGUUGUGAACUAUUUAUUAACUCAUCUAAUGAAUAGAUUAUACAUAUUUGUCAGUCAUUAUAAUCUCUCUCAUUGAACUGUUUUUUAUAACUUGUACAGUGAAAUGUUGUAAAUGUUUGUUGACAACUACACUUCCAUAGGGUUAUAUAAUCCAUUGACAAUCAUGAUGUGUUAUAACAAACAAACAAACAAAAGAUAAUUUAUUGAAAUAUCUACAUGGAAGAAACCGGUAAUCCAAAUGUGUUCAACCAGGUAACCAAUUCAAAUAAUCCUAUAAACUAUGAUCAAUUCAAUGUCAUCAUCAUUCAAAUAUUAAAGAAUCUUUUUUUUUAAAGUAAAUUCGAUGAGAAAAAUGUUUCUUUUUUUUCGUCAUAUUUUGACAAGAGUAAAAAAGAAAGAAAAAGAAAAACCGGUUUGUUUUUCGUCCUUUUUUGUUGUUGUUGUUGUUGCUGUUUUAUUUUCUAGAAACUAAUCUGUUUAUGCUUAAUCAUUGUUUUUUUUGUAUUUAUCAUUGAGAUUAUACACUUGUAGCAACACCGCCACCACCACCACCACCACCACCAACAACAACAACAACAAAACAAAGAGAACAACAACAACAAACAAUACGAUAAAAAGAAAAAAGAAAAAAAAUCAGUGUAAAGAUGCAUAAUUCGAUGAGAUAUACAAAUCAUUCUUUUUUUUAACGUGACAUAUCUAAUAUGCUACUUAAAAAGGGUUUAUCUAAAUCAAUAAUAUUAAACUUUUUCAUUAAAAAUGUAUUAUGUUCGGAUUGUUUUUUUGUUUUUGUGUUUUUUUCUUCUGAAAUUUCAUUUAAGAUUUAUUAUUGUUAGUUCUAUCGAAGGGUCUAGUUCACCCAAUUGAGAUACGCGCAAAACUGAAGUUUCCAAAACAACGAUUUGUCUACAAUUGUAGUUCUUUAUUGAAUAAUACACAAAAUUUAGUAAUAAACCUCAACUUGUGAGGUGUCUGUGAUUUUCAAACGCGUCCUUCAAGUGUGAAAAUAAAAAGGAUUCGAUAGUACAAAAGACAGCUGA